CUUGACUGCAACGGGAUGUCUGAACUGGCAGAAAGGUGCAGGAAAGCUGGUCUGGAGGAACUUUUCCUGACAGGCAUGAAAAUCUAUCGCAAUUCUAGCGAUAAGCAGAACGAGCAAGCAGCAGAACCCAAAGUUACGGGGAAAAAGAGAAAUUGA